CGGGGGCUCAACGGCUGCGUGCCGCUCUCGCACCAGGUGGCCGGGCACAUGUACGGCAAGGAUAAAGGCGGAAUACUGCAGCAUCCGGAUGGGACAGUCUUGAAGCAGUUGCAGCCACCGCCUCGAGGCCCUCGGGAGCAAGAGUUCUACAACAAGGUUUAUGACUCUGGCUGUUGUGACAGCGUUCUUCUGGAGCUGCGGGAAUACUUGCCAAAAUACUUCGGUGUCUGGUCACCACCUGCUGCACCAAAUGAAACAUAUCUAAAACUGGAAGAUGUGACCCGUAAGUUUAAGAAGCCGUGUAUAAUGGAUGUAAAAAUAGGUCAGAAAAGUUACGACCCGUAUGCAUCAGCCGAGAAGAUCCAGCAACAGGUCAGCAAGUACCCCCUAAUGGAAGAGAUCGGCUUUCUGGUGCUUGGCAUGAGGGUUUACCAUGUCUGCACCGACAGCUACGAGACCCAAAACCAGCACUACGGAAGGAGCCUCACCAAGGAAACAGUAAAAGAUGGCGUCUCCAAGUUCUUUCACAACGGGUACUGCCUAAGAAAAGAUGCUGUCGCCGCCAGCAUUCAGAAGAUUGAGAAAAUCCUGGAGUGGUUCGAGGGCCAGGAGCAGCUCAACUUCUACGCCAGCUCGUUGCUGUUUGUGUAUGAGGGCUCGUGUCAGGCGACCACCGUGCGGCUGGGCGAAGUCACCCUGGCAGAGAAGAGAGUCAUGCCCAGAGGGCUGUUAGGAGGAGACAUACUGGAGUAUAAUAAUAAUAUUCACGUAAUAAAUUCCACAGAGAAUGGGAAAAUAGAGGCCUCUGUAAGUAAAGGCUUGUCCAAAUUUUAUGCACUUCACAAAAAGGCGUAUUCCAAGAGGCACCACCAYGGUCAGCUCUCACUCAAAGUCGAAAGCUUGGAGCAGGGCAACGUGUGGAAAAGCAGCACUUGCAUUACCCAGGAGCAUCUGAACGGGAACGUUCUACCCCAACUGGAAAAAGUUUUCUGCCGCGUGCCCGCGGAGAUCAAGGAAAGCGCAAAUGUGGAAGUCCGAAUGAUAGAUUUUGCUCACGUGUUUCCUAGCGACACGAGGGAUGAGGGCUACAUUUAUGGUCUGAAGAAUUUAAUCACAGUACUUCAAAAUAUUUUGGAUAAUUAAAUUCUUUGUUAGGGUUUUUACUGGGGGCCAAUGAUAAAGAAGAGCAACAACAUGAAGAAUUUCUGCACUUGUAAUGCUGUAUAACUGGGUUUGUAUUGUUCUACUCUAUUUUAUUUGUCUUUGUACUUUUGGUAGAAGGGUUUAACUUUUUAUAAUCUCACUCAGGAAAAUAAUCAAUAGUUAAUUAAGAAGUGUGAAAGGAUGAAGAUACUUGAGAUGAAGCAGGAUAGGUAAAUUGGAUGAAAAGUAUAUGGCUGGCUUAAAUCCAAGGAGUACAGUUAUACAAUAAGCAAGGGUUGCGUUAGUUCCCCGUAACUACUUCAGCUUUGAUAACGUUUGCCCGCUUAGCCCUGACACUGAGACCUAGCUCCCUGAGCAGGCUAUUAGAAAACGGACUGAAAAUGAGCUCAAGUGCAGGAUUGAUGUCCUCAGUGCUGCCCUCUCGUGUUUACUACGUUGGAAUAACUGGAGUAACCCUACUUUUGAGACAGAUCCCAUUCAGCUUCAGCAGUCUAGCUUGGGAACCGGCAUGACCUGAAGCACUUCUCAACAUAACGGGAUUAUACUGCAAUUCUGCUACAGCUGGUGGGUGCUUCCCCUUCCCGUGGUGGUCCGUAGCCAAUGUUCACAGCAGACGAGCUACAAUAAUUUGUGCUGAGGUGCUAAGAAGAUGCUGGACAAAAGCCUGUUACUUUAACAGGCUUAAACUGCACAAAUGCUAGAGAACUUCUGUAGUUUGCAAGAAAAGAGUGUGUGUGUAAGGGGUGUGGAGAGGGGGGGAGUCAACUGCAAGGUAUUUCAGAAGCUAAUUUGGCUUGGGAGAUGCAAAUAGUCUAUUAAUGGGAUGGCUGAUGUGGUGAGUAAGGAAAAUGCCUCAGUCCUCCUUUCUGUUGGUCCUUCUCCAAAAAUAACUUACCUUUAAACAGGGGAAACAGAGCAUUCUGAAUGAGCACCCUGCGGUUUCCUUGAGCUGUUUGCUGCUUGUAUUGCUGCAGCCAACAUUUCAGUUGUUCCCUGGUGGGGAGCACCAGCUGGAAGCAAUGAGCAAGCUGGGCAAAGGACCCUUUACUGAGGUCCACUUUGGCCCUGGAGCAACUAGACCUUCCUGCAGGGAUACCCAUGGAGCGAGGCUCUUUUCCCAGGGGCUAAAAUUGGCUCAUUUGGGUUUCUUGAUGAAUAGGCAAGAUGUGGGUUUUGAAAAUUGUCCUGCUGCCUCUUGUCCAUGGCAAAAUUACGGCUUUCCUUAGAGGAUGUCUGAGAUUGGGGUGUUGUAUCCAAACCUUGUUUGCUGUGCCUCUCGUGUGUGCUGUGUUUGUGACAGUCCUCACUCGCUUGUAUAGUCAGCGAUAUGAAAGUCACGGCAAGUUUUGGYCUGUAAACACCAAAACUUCAAUGCUCUUGUUUUAUGCAAGCCUCAAGUUGAGGGAAGAAAAAAAAAACCUCUGGAAUGGAUUUGAUGGCUGGAAAAAAACAGCUUUUAAAUGUGGACUUCAUGUGAUGUUGUGGCCUUGCUGCUCUGUUUGAYGUUCUGCACCGUGCGCUCAUUUGUGUAGAUGUCUUUGCAAGUUCUCAAUUAGACGUUUUCUAGAUCAGAAACAAACGUGUUUUUAAAUCAAGCUGAGUGAAAGUUUAGCUCGAUUCGAGAUCCUAGGUUAAUUGGGAAAAGCCGUGUUGUCUACACAUGAUGUUUACACCAUAAGCGAAUGUUGGAUAAUCCAGUCAAGAAUCAAAACAAUGUUUGCAAAAUGCUAGCUUGGAAGCGUGGGGGGAGAUGCUUGCAGUAGGGGCAAUAUCUUUUUGUUGAAAACUUUUCCCAAUUAUGAUGAGGGGCAAAAKAGCAGGAAGAUGAGGACUUUUCUCCACCUGGUAUUUCUGUUGCAGUCAUGCAGUUAAUACCCACUAUAUUCCCAACUAUCUGUGAACUAAUUUAAGCCAUAUUCUACGAAGUGUGUGCGUGUGUGUGUGUGUGUUUGUUUUAACCCUGUUUUCCUUCUGGAUUUUUUGUUUGUUUCUAUUCUGUAAGCAGUCAACACUAGAGUACUCUAGGCUAAGACCAGCCUUGUAAUUAAAAAUUUGCAAUGUUUUGUAGAAAAUAGCAGAAAAUAUGUAUGCAUUUUGAGUUCUUGUCCUCCGUAAUUCACCUCUUCUUGGAUUUUAAUCCAUUUUGUGCCGGGAAAAUUAGAUAUCUGCCUCAAAGAAGUCAGUUAUUGGAAGGCGAUCUGUAUUCUCUUAGUAUAAGUGCAUUCUCCUGUCUCUGCUUUAAGAUAUAAAUGUCUUCAGUGUUUGAGUGCUCUUUAAGUAUUGAUUGUUGUGUUAACUAUGGCAGUGUUUGUAAUGCAUCUGGAAUAUUGUUAAAUUGUCAGAAUAUUUUGAAUAAAAAAUAAAAUAAUUUUAUCAGCUUUUUUACCGGUAGUUACUAUGGAUGUAUUUCUAUUGAAAUAACGUGUAGCUUGAGAGAUAACAGUAUUUUUAAUAGGAAGUUGUGUAAUUAAAGCUUCUUGUAGAGGUGUUUUGGCAUAGUACCGACUGACAGAUGCCUGCAAAGGUCUUACACUUGCACUGUCCUUGUGCAUCUUUUUAGUGUCUUGCACUUGAAAAGAUGAAUUUUUCASUUGUAGCUGGAGAUAUAUUCAGAGCAAUCGCCAGCUCUGUGACAGAACUGAGUAGAAAACAAAACGGCAGAUGCUGGUUGCUGGGCUUGUGCAGUACCAUGGGUUCUUCUCAUCUGCCAUUAAUGCCUUUGAAAAAUUACUGGUAUUUUUCCUUCUCUCUCUGUAUUCUGUAGGAAACACCCAGUAUAAGUGAUAGGUACUGGGACAUCUUCACACAAAUAACAGGUAUUUCUGCCCAAUAAAAGAGGUCCCKUCCCUGGGCCGGAGUAACACCUGCUUGCUGUUAUAGUUGAAGCCUGUGUGUCCUAAUUUUGAGCAAUAAGAACGUGAUUUAGCAAAAUCUGUUGUCAAAAGGGAGGAUUCACAGCAGCAAGGCCAUGUUUUUAUUGUUUUUCUUGAGAAUAUAGUUUCUGCUGAAGACUUUAACUAGAGAACUGUGCAAACUGUGCGCAGGCUUCCCUAAUGAGAGCUUGAACUGUAUAAAGUUUUAUAAAAAGCAUUUACAUAUAUGGUAUUUUUGGAUAUUGGUGGAACUUGCCUAAAUCACAUUGGAACUUACUAUGCUGUUCAGAAAUGUUUAAAGUAUUUUAUCCGAAUCACUUUAUGAACUAAAAUGGAGACUUCAUCUCUGCGAUUCUCAUGAAACUCAGACUGUUUUCUGUUUUUUCUGCUGUGAUACAUAAAGUAGACUGUGCUUUUCCAUUACCCUAUAGUUUCAUACAGAGUUUGUAAGGGUACACAGUAGAUUAGGAAACUGUUUAUUUUUAAUUAGCAGAGUGCACACCUUACUGACACACUUAAUCCCAUGUGUGUUUUUAAGUCAUGUUAGUGUGUUAUACAUCUAAAGCUCCACUAAAGGCUUCUUUACCUGCAAAGAGCUCCUGCUGGUUUGAGCCUGGAUUGUGGUAUGUAAAAUUUGGCAUUUUUAUGUGUAGCAGCAGCAGCAAAGAAAAGGCAAAAGCCAACACUGGCUCAUGAGCCAGUGAUGCUGAUAGGUAAAACAUAAAAAUCCCUGCAGCUUUCCCAUUUCAUGAUGUGAAGUGCUACCAAGUGCAGGAAGGCAAUGGGAGAAUAGAGGCUCCAUCCCUGUGUGCUGUGUUCAGUGAAGAUUUGAUUAGUUGUUCACUUUUCUUUAAGUCACUUUCCCUCCAGAGUGCCUUCUUCAGCCCUUGCUUUGAUACCAGUGGUGACCUCCCAUAGGUAGCAGCUAAGGCAGCGCCAGGGGAUGAUUUAAGGUGGAAAUCUGAUAUAUUUGUAAGAACUUCAUGGUCAGUGACCACUCUGAAAGUGCAGGUGUGGAGAAAAUGGUCAGAAUGCCUCAGAUAACGUGGGAGGUGCAGAUUCUUUUUUUUUUUGCAUCGUUUUUAUCGUGACAAAAGGAAGAGCCAUUUUAGUUUGGCCCUGUUUUGACUGGAGAUUAGAUCUUAGGUUUUAUGAAGCUCGCUUAGGUGUGUUUUUAAAAGAGUACUUUGGGGGCAAGGCGAGUGGCAGCCAAACUGAGCAUGCAGUGUCCCUCCUCCUUGUGCAACUGCAGUCGAGGUCUGGGGUUUAAGGAGGUGGCCCAGGAGGGAACAGUGGAAGYUGAGAAGGAGCCCUGAGGAGGACAGCUGCUCAGCGCUGCAGUGCAAGCAAUUAGUGGAGGUCAUUAGCGCAGGCCUUAAGCUUUCAAAUACUUUGCAGUCAGGCUGAUGCAGUUCACGCAUAUUUACUGAGUUAAAACCAGGAUGUGGUSAGAUCUUAGCUUAAAAAUAUACCCCACCUCAUCCCCACAGGCCAAAUCCUCCACAUUUGUUCAGGGCCAUCUGUAAGGAAAAASYGCAGAACGCUGCCAUCCAAGGGACAACUGUAACAACUCCAGCUGUGCUGGAAAGGAGGAGAAAAAAAGUGAAGAAUUAUAUAGCAGAAAACAUGUUUCAGGAAAUGUUUUUACUGUGGCUUUGUGGAGAUGGGCCCUGGGUAUUUGGAGCUGGACUUCUGUUUGCUUUAUCAUCUUUAAUGGAAGAUGCUUGUGCAGGAUGAUGGUAAAUGGGAACACAAGUAGUUUAAAAACACCUCAGCUUGAAGUGUGUGCAUUGGUUGAACUAGCUGUUAAAAGAGCCACACAAAACCUAGUGAUCUCUGAAGUGACCUCUAGAUGUGUAUUGCACCUGACUCUAAAUGAAACUAGAGUGCACAAAGGCACUUUAAUACUCUGGGAACCCCACUGGAAGAUGAAGCACGUGAAAUUGCACCUAAUGUUGUGUUGUUAAUUGUUUUCUAGAACCUAAAAUUGUGCAUUUGUUAUGCUUGAUGGGUGAAUGUAUCUAGUCUGGUCUCAGUUUCUUUGGUUCAAGUGUCUGAAGCUGUCCCUCAGUACCCUCUAAUUGUGUUUGACUGUAACUUCAUUU